AUGACAACACCAACGCCUUCGGUUAUCCCUUUGAUCAUCAACGGCAAGGAGGAGCUGGCUUCCUCAGUGUUCGAUGUAAUUAGUCCUUACACAAACAAGGCCUGCUGGGCCGCAGCAUCUGCUUCACCUCAAGAUGCCAUUCGUGCCGUUGAGGCAGCCCAAGCGGCGUUCCCAGCAUGGUCGCAGACUAAGCCGACUGUCCGACGAGAUAUCCUCCUCAAGGCGGCAGACAUCCUUGAGAGUAGACUGGAGAAGUGUGCCGAGUUCAUGCGGACGGAGAUGGGAGCAGAUGCUGGGGCGUCACAAUUCUUCGUUGUCCCCCUGGCAAUCCGUAUGUUGAGGGAAGUGGCAAGCCGCAUCACCUCAAUUUGCGGCACUGUACCUGUUGUCGAGGCGGAAGGACAGAGCGCAAUCAUCUAUAAGGAGCCGAUGGGAGUUAUCCUGGGAAUUGUACCAUGGAAUGCACCGUACGUGUUCGGUGUUCGAUCUGCUGCAUGUGCUCUUGCCGCCGGCAAUACGACGAUUCUGAAAUCGUCCGAACUCACGCCAUGCUGUUACUGGGCGCUGACCCGCGCCUUUCACGACGCCGGAUUGCCAGACGGGUGUCUCAACCUUGUGUCCUGUCGCCCGCAGGAUGCAGCAGAGGUGGUCAACGCCAUGAUUGAGCACCCGGCUGUGAUGAAGAUUAACUUUACCGGAAGCACGGCUGUUGGCCGGAAGAUCGCUCGUGCUUGCGGGCAGAAUCUUAAGCCGUGCCUGAUGGAGCUAGGGGGUAAAAACAGCUCAAUUGUGUGUGCUGAUGCAGAUAUUGAAACCGCUGUCAAGUCCGUAAUUGCCGGGGCGUAUUUGAACUCCGGCCAAAUUUGCAUGGCUACAGACCGGAUUCUUGUGCAUUCCUCCAUUGCACCAACUUUUGUGGAAGCUCUCAAGAGUGCUUUGCAGUCAAUGUCUGACCCCUCAUCUGAGCCUCCAACUCUGGUCAACGUUGCGUCCAAGGCGCGUGUGCAGCGGCUAAUCGAGAGUGCUCUUGAAGCUGGUGCCCAUAUAAUUCACGGAUCCGUAACUGCAGACUCUGACGCAGCAAACUCAGAUUCUGGAGUCCGUAUGCCACCCGUCCUUCUAGGUGGAGUCAAGGAGGAUAUGGCCGUAUGGCAGGAUGAAGCGUUCGCUUCAUUAGCAGCUUGCAUGACAUUCGACACAGAGGAAGAAGCAGUCCGGAUUGCGAAUAGCAGCGGGUAUGGGCUGUCCGCGGCGGUGUUUACUCAGGAUCUGCGAAAAGGUCUGGCGAUCGCCAGGAAAAUUCAGUCUGGCGCCGUACAUAUCAACAGCAUGACGAUUCACGACGAGCCCGUACUGCCUCAUGGAGGCGUUAAGAACAGUGGCUGGGGUCGAUUCAAUGCCUCUCAAGGCUUGGAAGAAUUCUUGGUUACAAAAAGUGUGACUUGGAUGGACUGA